CGAUCCGGCGUAACUGCGGCAGUCUUGACGUGGCCGCUUCACUUCUGGCUUCGUGGCUCAUUGAACCGAUCAACCGCCGUUUAUUCGUCGAUAACGGCACGGUGAGGGCUGACAUGUCGUGUUUGCUGGUCACGCUGGCGGCGGCGGUGCUGCUUGGUUCGGAGGCUGCCGGUAAAACCGUGACAGGACUUCUGGGCAGCGAAGCGGCGCGACGGCAGAGCGGCCAGUUCAUCACCAAAUUCAUGUACCAAGGAGGCAGCGGCCUGCUGGUGUGUCGACUCGACAACUGGGCUCUGGCUGCAGAAAAGGAGUCCAGACUGCUGCUGUAUCAGGACCUGGACUCGGACCUGGACAACCUGAGCUGCUCCGACAGACUCGCUAAAGCCCAUUUCACCGUUCCCCUCAGCCAAGAAGAACACAACCAGACCAUCCCCCGUCAGCCGUCGCCCACCGCCUGGCAGGUCCUCUACGCCGACAGAUACACCUGUCAGGAAAAUGCAGUGAUCCCUUCCCACGCUGAUCUCUCUUUUACCGUGCUGCUGUUUAAUGCCGACUCUGCUGGAAACCCUCUGGAGCACUUCAGUGCAGAGGAGGCAGGGCUCCACAGUUUCUACUUCCUGCUGCUGCUGGCCUACUUCAUCGCCUGCUGCAUCUACGUCCAGCCUCUGUACCAGGCUCUGAGGAAGGGAGGGCCGAUGCACACCGUCCUCAAAGUCCUGACCACAGCGCUGGCUCUGCAGGGCUGCUCCGCCCUCUGCAACUACAUCCACCUGGCCAGGUAUUCCAGAGAUGGUGUCGGUCUUCCACUGAUGGGCAGCCUGGCAGAGUUCUGGGACAUGGUGUCUCAGGUGUCCAUGCUCUACAUGCUGCUGAGUCUGUGCAUGGGCUGGACUCUGAGUCGAGGCAGGAAGCCUCAGUCCAGACCUCUGCAGUGGGAGCAGUCUCCAGCCUCCACGGCCGUCGCUGUCGGCGGCGUCAUCACUCAGGGCGUGCUGCUGCUGUGGGAGCAGUAUUCAGAGUCGGAGAGCGAACAUCACAGCUUCCACGCCCAGCAGAGCCUGGCAGGCCUCCUCCUCAUGGCUCUGAGGGUGGGCCUGGCCCUGCUGCUGGCCUCCGUCCUCUACCAGAUCAUCUCCACCGAGAGGAGCACCCUGAAGAGAGACUUCUACCUCACCUUCGCCAAGGGCUGCUUCCUGUGGUUCCUCUGUCACCCCGUCCUCAUCCUCACGUCCGCCGUCUUCAACGAGCACCAGAGAGAGAAGGUGGUGACCAUCGGCGUGAUCCUCUGCCAGUCCAUCUCCAUGGUGAUCCUCUACCAGCUCUUCCUGUCUCGCUCUCUGUACUGGGAGGUGUCCUCUCUGUCCUCGGUGUCAUUGCCGCUCACCAUGUCCAGAACCAACCACAGGGGGCGCUACUGAGCACUGAGCAUCCCCAGCAGCAGCCGACCUCGAGCUACAGACGGAGACUGGAACCGGUAGCUGGUUAGCGGAGUUGAAGACGGAUUCGUCAGGAUCACAAAGAUAAUCACACCAACGGUUCGAUUCCCGACGUCACCGCUGAGCUCUGGAUUUAGGCUCGACUCGGUUUAGCCGGAAAGACUUGAAGUUGCCAAAGAGAUGGUUUGUAAGACGAACAACUGGAGUUCAGCCGCAAACUACAAGACAAGGCCCAGACCAAGAACUCCAAAAGAGCCGUUCAGCUGGGACUACUUUCAGCUGCGGAUGAAUACAUGCUUUUCUAUUGUGGACCCGAGUCUUCAUCAGAAUUGUUUUUGGUGGAAAACUGUAGCAGGUUGUUGGUAUCAGACUGAAGAAGACGCGUCAGUGGAAGCAGCACGUGUUCGGUAAGCCCAAAAUGUCUCCCUAGCUGUACGUUGAGCUGUUUCUUUGUGGAUUUAUUCGUCAGGAGACGGCAUGUGAGACCCGAACCUCUGACAAACCCUCCGACCUGUAGCUGAAAACACACUGCAUGACUCCAGAUGAGGAGGAACAAAGCCUGCUGAGAAUGAUUCCCUCUGUAGAUACGUUCCAGUGACGUUCCGACUCUGCAUCCUAAACGAGGCUCGUUAGACGACGACUAACUGGAGCCCAGAGGGACACGACUCGUUUUAGGAGAUGAAAACAGCCGACAUAUUUAUUCAGUUAUUUAUUUAGCAGAGCAGCACGUUAUAAAGAAACCCAUUGUUUUUGUUUUGCGCGGCUUCAUGUUUGACUCCACUGUUCAGAUUUUCAUUUUUAUGUCGUUACACUACAUGAAAGCUCGGCUGAAGCCACGCUUUCUGGCUUCUUCUGGAGCUUUCAGCCGUCACUGUGACACACAACCCUGACUCGUUAUCACGUCGGUAAAGUGUCUGGCUUUGGUCGCGGUGUUUCAAUGAAUCCAGCUCUAUUCACGUGGAUGAAAGCAUUAAAAAAACAGGAAGUGGACUUUGAGUUCAAGGUGUCCUGAAGCAGUUUUCUUUCACUCUGUUUGUCCCCAAAAUGCAUUCUUAUCCUUUAUGAGACUUGUUGAGGACGAUUCUUCUGUUUUUUAACCCUCUGAACCUCAAGCAGUUGCUGUUUUUUGCUCGUUUUCACUGCAGUAUGGAAACCUGUCUGUACAGCAAAACACUGCAGAAGAAACAGUUGACUACAGAUUGUAGAUCAGGGGUGUGAAACAUGCGGCCCGCGGGCCAAAGCCGGCCCUCCAGAGGGUCCAAUCCGGUCCAAGACAUGAACUGCAGCUUGUAAAUUAGUAAAACUAUAAAUUUAAAAUAAUUUCCAGGCAACUUUUGAUCAUAAAAUACUAGAUUGUCCUUUAGUUGCUUUGUCUCGUUUUUGUAAUAUUUUGUGUUGUUUUUUGUCUGACUUUUGUCAUUUGUUUUUGUCAUUUUGUUUCCUUUUUGUCACACUUGCGUAUUUUCUCUUAUUUUUCUCAUUUUGUGUUUCGCUUCAUUUGUUGUUUUGUGUCAUUUUUACUCGUUUGUCCAUUUUUUUUACCCUUUCUGACUUUUUUGCCUCAUUUUUUCUCUUUUUUCAUUUUGUUUCGUGUUGUUUUUUAUCUUUCGUGUCUCGUUUUUGUCAUAUUUUGUCUUAUUUAUUGAUGUUUUUUGUCUUGUUGCUUCGAUCCUGACUAAGUGUUGUGUUCCUUUGCAGACUCUCUGAUCUGUAGGUUGUCGUGUGAAAAUGACAAACUGAGGCACAAUCUUGUUGAAAUUGAAUUUAUUCUUUUGAAGCAACUUCGGGUUGUUCAUGAAGUUUUGUUCAUUAAAUGUGGACAUUUGAAGGACAUACUUUUUUUGCAGAAAACAACAAAGGAACAGUUUGUAGUUUGAUGGUUUAAUAUGCUGUAAUUUAACUGGUCUGACCCACUUAAGAUCAAACUGGGCUGAAUGUGGCCUUUGAACUGAAAUGAGUGUGACGCCCCUGUUACAGAUAUUUGUUUUAUUUUCGCUGUGAAGAACCUGAAUUUCUCUCUUUACUUUCACUAAUUGCUUCACAGUAGCACCAAAGAGCUUUUUUUAAAAUUUUGACAGAAUCUGGUCUGAGCAAAUAGAAGUAAUUUGAAUUAAAAGUCACAGUUUUAAGCUUGGAUUUGGUCGAUUUUCCCAAAAAAUCUGCACUUAACAGACGAAACACUGCCGGAAAGUUAAAAUCUCUGCUUUUACAGUCCAUUUUGAUGGUAAAUUGAGCCAUUUUGGUGAUGUUUCUUUAGAAAAAAUCCUGGUUCAGAGGGUUAAAACGGUCUAUUUUUUCGAUGGGAUUAUUUACGUUGGUGUUUCCGAGCGUCGCUGAUGCUGCUCAGGCUUGUACCAAACAUGAACGUUGCUCCAUCGAACCCACAGUGAUCAAAAACUCCACAUGACUCCUUUAGAGAUCAUUACCACUGAGAUCCAACAUGGACUUUGAACAUGUUGUGACCUUCUAAUGAGAGAAAUGCUGAGCCGCUAAUGAGAUGCACAUCAUCGGUCUCUAAUAGGAGGAAGAAGUGUGCACGCUGUACGGGGAUUUUUCCUUUAAUUCAUCCUCAGUAACAAUCCCAUAAAUGCAUGUUUGCCUUUUUUGUACAGUGUUCACAUCUCACACUGAAGUUGCAUUUAUUAUUGUUUUUUAUGACCUGUGGAAAUAUGAAACCUGUGAUCAUGCCAGCUGUAAUAAUUGUAAUAAAACGCAUUUUAAAGAAAACCA